AUGGCCGGUGAAUCGUCGAGGCGAUCACGUUCGCGGUCCCCAGCCUCCCGAGACUCUCGCCGCAGCCGAGGAGGUUUUAGAUGGAAGAACACAGGCCGGAGAAACGAUGAGCGAGAUGCCCCAGGUGGGCGACGAGACGUUGGAGAAUGCUCGAGAGACAGGGAUAGAAGACGGGGACUCGACGAAAAUUACGGCCGUCGCCAAAACACGCCCAGAGAUCGAGAUGGUGAAGAUUCUCGAAGAGGUCCCGAUAGACUACGAUCUCCCCGGAGAGGCGACCGUUAUUCUGGCGACAGAGGCAGUGGAAAGGGGUCCACGAAGGAAAGGCCUGCAGCCGCUGCUCCGGCAGGCGGCGGCGGCGAGGAGAUGAUUAUUGUCCAUGUCAAUGAUCGUCUUGGCAGCAAAUCGGCUGUUCCUUGCCUGCCUUCAGACACCAUUGGGCAGUUCAAGAUGAUGGUAGCGGCGCGCAUCGGGCGGGAGCCGAGCCAAAUCAUGUUGCGAAGACAAGGAGAACGCCCGUUCAAAGAUCACAUUACACUGGAGGACUAUGGCAUCUCCAACGGUGUUCAGCUAGACCUGGAGAUUGACACGGGUGACUGA